UUUCAUAUGACGUUGUCAUAUUUUUAUCGUUGGGGAAGUGUGGUUUUAUAUGGUGAAAGUUGGUGUAGGUCAAUACAGAUUUGCGGAAGUUAGACAUAUAUAUGGUUGUGCCCAUGUCAUUCAAUGAAAAGAGUUAAAUAUGAAUAUCUCAAAACCAACCAAGUUCCAGCACAACAUACAUGCUACCUUCGACCCACACAUUGGAGAUGUUGUUCUUUGUAAAUCUAAAUCCCUACUGACAGAUGUCAAAGAAAUGAACAUCUCGGGACCAACUGAGUUUAAGCACAAUAUCCAUGCAAAGUGUGAUCCAAGAACUGGGAAGGUUGUUAUGUUUUCACCGACAGUAGAAUCAUCGAAAAACCAGGAUGACGAAAGUUAUGACUGCAACAAUUGCAAUGAACUGUUUUACCAGUGGAAGAGGGAUCAAGUCAAAAUCAAAGAAUUGCAAGAAGAAAAUCAUUUUAUGCUUGCAAUGGCUGCUCGAUUAUGCUUAUUGGCAAGUAAUACAGACGGAUGCAGUGCAUAUGAUAAUGAAUUUGGGUAUUCUUCGUACGGAAACUUGAAAAUGAGAGAAUUUACAGAAAGCAUGAAUUUCAUUGCGCAGGCCCUAAUAACUAUGGAAAAUGAUAAGCGAUGGGGUGAUGAAACGAUGCUUGAAGAAAUAGAUGAAUUGAAGAACGAAAUAUCAACGCUUCAGAAACAAUUAAAAGAAUCUCGUCUUAGUAAAAUAAAAGAAGUUAAAGCUACAAUUGUCCAGGCACAGCACCAAUUUCAUUCCGCAAAACAAGAUUUUGAACUAAGAGUUGAGAAAACAGAAAAGGAAUUAUACAUGCUGAAAUCACAUCUCAUUGAUCUUCAGGCUGAGAACGAAAGUCUGCGGCAGAAAAUGAGGAAUGCAAAACUUCUUUUUACAGAAUGGCACUCCACAAGCUCAAGGGUAUCUUCUGCCUUGAAUCAAGACAUGUCUGUUUUUGAGUUGAAGAAAGAAAAUGAGCUACUGAAAAAAGAUCUGCAACAGAUUGAUAGUGACAGAAACCGUUUGAAAGAGGAAGUAACGACAACCAUGCAUCAGCUGUUGAGGACAAGUAAUAGCUCUCCAAGGCCUACAGUUGGAGACAUUUUUGAUUCAGAGGACAAUGACAGAAAUGGAAAUGUAGAUUGCAGGAAUCAGAACACCACAUCUUCUGGAAAACAAGUAAGCUAUACCAUAACAGCAGGCGCAGUAAAUUUUAUCGACAAAUCAAGUGUGAAAUAUGAUCAUAGAGGAGGGGAGAUAAGCGAAACAAUUAUUUGAAACGAAGACUUACAAAAUGAUAAAAAAUGAAUAGCAUUUUUCUUUAUUACAUAUAGUUUUACAGUAGUGUUGUAAAUGCUCGAUUGU